CCCUGUGACGUAACGUACCGGUCUGUUUCCGGGGUGGAGCCAGGGAGGGUGGGCGUUUAGGCUGCGCCGACCCCUCAGCCCCCCUCCAGGUGACCCCAAUCCCCGAAAAUCCUCACCCGGGGCCCCAAAUAUCCCAGCCCCAUGACCUCGAAGGCCUUUGGCUCUAACCCCCUAAAUGCCCCAUGCCCCUGAGGUGCCCGACCUCCCAAUCCCUUAACGUCUGGUGCCUCCCAAAUAUUCAAUCCAACCCUGUCCCGAUGUGGCAACUGAGUCUUCCCGGGGGCACCUGUCUCAUAUUACCCGAGAACAAGUCAGACUGGUCCAGAGAAUGACAGAGAAGGGAACCGGGAUUGGGGAAACCUUGAUCCAAUCAUGCCGCUCCCCAGGAGACGUUCGGAACCCAGGACAUGUCGGGAUUGAGGAGAUACGAGGUGGCGCUGGAGGCUGAGGAGGAGAUCUACUGGGGCUGUUUCUACUUUUUCCCCUGGCUGCGCAUGUGGCGGAGGGAGCGGAGCUCAGCGCACCCUCGGGAGCAGAAGCUGGAGCCUCUGCGGGGCCUGAUGAGCUGUCUGUCAAGCGGACUGGGCACUGCUCCCCAGCGCUCCGGUCGCAGCCUCCCCCGCCGCACCCCCGCUGCCACUGCCCAGCCAGCCGGUGCAUUAAAGAUUUAAACCGAAGCCACCGUCCUGCCCUCCUGAUUCUGCCGCCGCUGCCGCCAUUCGGGCUGGGAGCCCCUCUCCACGCCGGCUGUUUCCGUAUUGACAGGGCCUCUCUCCCUGAUGGGGUGUCCGUCCGUGUCCAGGCUCCCAUUAUUCCUAAGGGCCCCUCAUCAGAGUCAGGCCUCCCCUUACUACCAGUGAUUGCCUUCCACCACCUAAGCCCCC